UAAAAAAUAAAUCCAACCAAAAACAUUUCAAGUAAAGACGACCGGUUUGGCCUAGUGGGUAGUGACCCUGCCUACGAAGCUGAUGGUCCCGGGUUCAAAUCCUGGUAAGGGCAUUUAUUCGUGUGAUGAGCAUGGAUAUUUGUUCCCGAGUCAUGGGUGUUUUCUAUGUAUUUAAGUAUUUAUAAAUAUUUAUAUAUUAUAUAUAUCGUUGUCUAAGUACCCUCAACACAAGCCUUAUUGAGCUUACUGUGGGACUUAGUCAAUUUGUGUAAUAAUGUCCUAUAAUAUUUAUUUAUUGAUUUAUUUAAAGUUUUGCCAAACCUAACAAGCGCUUGUAACAUUGUAGUAUGGAGUAGGGGUCACCAGAUGGCAGGCCGCACCACACGACACGAUUAGACUGCACGGCUGGCUCGAAUUCGUAAUACCGCUGCACUGGCCCUUUUCCUAUUGCCCGUAAGGCCCGUCCUUAGAUAUAUUUAAAUGCACAUAUUAAGGUUUAGUGAAAUUAGUGAAAGAAAGGGGUCUCUAUAUCUAACAGUUUUUUAUUUAAUCUUUAAAGUUGCAUAAGUGAAGAAGCGACAACGGAAAUAAUUUAGGUUAAAAUUUAGGAUGAUAAAAAGCACACUUUCUGUCCUGGACGUACGGCUCUGUUUUAAGGACUCAUAUAUGGUGGAGGUACUCAACAGGAUGCAAGGAUACCCCCUUAUCUUAAUCUGACGCGGUCGAGUAUCAAAAAGCAAAGGAGUAGGGUAUUUAUUAGAUUAAGUUUAUUUUUAAUAUUUAGGAUAAAUAUUUCUUUUUAUAUUUUUUAUAACCUGGUACUCUGAAAUAAAGAUAUUGUAUUGUAACUCCGAAAAUCCCCUCUUAAGCUCCUUCUCUACUAUUAUUUUGUAGGAUUUAACAACUGGAGACGCCGUCGAAAAGCUCGGUCAAUGGUAAUAUGUAUUGUAUGGACAGACGUUUAUCCGACAUGGCUAUUUGUACAUUACGUAGAAAUAGCCAUACAUUUGACGUGCCCCUGCCCCGCAAAACUCGGCACUGUUUUGUACAGAAAAUUACAGUCAAAGCGUUUCCAGUUUUUAAAUCCUCCAAGACCAUUAGACUUGCAAUAGACGCACUUCUUUUCUCGUUGUUUUCGUGGUGAGAACUGGCUGCAAAUUAGAACUCGGUGACACAGCUGACUUAUUAACUGACUUUGACGUGUCUUCGUGAUAGAGAAACACGUAUAAAAGGUUGUGGACAAUCUUUCCGCAUCGUCAGAUGGCGCUGCUCUCUAGACGCUGGCGCCGCCGCCGCCGCUACGCGGCCAUCCUGCUCGUUGUCUCGUCCUUGUACGCGCUGUACUACCUCCAUCUCCAUGACUCACCCACUGUACUUACCGACCUGGAUAUUACUAGGAGAAUUAUAGAGAACCAGAUAGAAGAGGCCUUGAAACUGGACAAGGGCAAGGGCUGCGAAAUACCGCAGCUGGACCCUUUUUCUAAGGAGGUCACACAGUUCGACAAAAAGUUAGCGAAGAUCAAGUGCCAAGGGCAGGACUGGGUCAAAUGCUAUCACUCGAAAUGCCGAGUAGUAGACGCUAUAAAAGACCAGUACAAAGACAUAACAUGUACAUUCUGGGACAUUCUGUACCAGAGCGACCAGAAAUAUACUUUUGGACCUCCUAAAAAAAUAGAGGGAGAUGAGAUAUACGAGUUGAAGGAGAGUGACCAUGUGAAGGUCUCGUGUUUUGGAACGUGGAAACACAGGAGUAGUUCCUUUUUCAGCAUCAAAGCCUACUGGUCUGGGAACACACUAGGUUUCCGCCCUGUCCCGCCGCUCCCCUCCCCGCCAGGGCGAGAGGAUACCUUCAACGUCGUCUUAUUCGGCUUUGACUCCACGGCCAGAAAUGGCUUCAUCAGGCGGAUGAAGAAAAGCUGGCGGCUGCUGAAUGAGCUAGGAUUUACUGUCAUGGAGGCAUACAACAUCUUGGGAGAUGGGACACCGGCGGCCCUGUUUCCAAUCCUCACGGGCAAGAACGAGCUAGAACUACCCGACUUUAGAAAGAGCAAGAACAACGGCACUCUGGACUCCUUCCCUUUCAUAUUCUACAAGUUGAAGCAGGACGGGUACCGCACAGCCUACUUCGAAGACAUGCCUAACAUUGGUACCUUCCAAUACCGCUUCAACGGCUUCCGCCGCCAGCCCGCCGACCACUACCUCCGCUCCAUCUUGAUGGAAGACCUCACCAAGAGGCCCUCCCCCUACCAUUGGUUCGUAGGGAGACAGUACUACUGUCUGGGCGAUACGCCACAGUUUAAAGUCAUGAUAAAUAUCACUGAGCAGUUCAUGGAGUUGGGCGGCAAGCGUUUCAUCUUCACGUUCAUCGCGGAUAUUUCUCACGACAACUUUAAUUUUAUUGAUAACGCCGAUGACGACACCGCUGCGUUGUUGCGUAGCAUCAUGUCUAAGGCGGAAGAUACGCUUAUAGUUGUCAUGGGAGACCAUGGAACUAGAUUCGCCGACGUCCGCAACACACUCCAAGGCAAACUCGAAGAGCGUCUUCCCCUCCUCGCAAUCCGCCUCCCCGACCGUCUUACGCGCGCGCGGCCGCUCGCGCAACGCGCGCUCCAAGCUAACGCGCGCGCGCUCGUCACAGCGCACGAUCUACAUGCUACAAUACUGGACGUGUUGGAUAUGAAGCAGCAUUGGAAUCCGUAUAAAGUCCGAGGGGCGGAUUACGCUAGAGGAUUAACUAUGUUGGAGCCGAUCCCUCGCAAUCGCUCCUGCAGCGAGGCAGGCAUCGAGCCGCACUGGUGCACUUGCCUCGCGUGGCAAAACGUCACCAGCGACGACCCGUUCUACGAGAAGGCUGCGCACGCGCUUCUCCACUACAUCAACUCUCUCGUCGCUACAGUUGGGGACCUCUGUAUCCCCCGAACUCUGAAGUCGACGUCGUGGGUGCUCCGCCAGCGCGCCAACAGUCGGCUGCUAGCGUUCAAGAAGAAUCGUGAUGCUGACGGUUAUGUGGGGCACUUCGACGCCAAAACUCAAGUAACCAAAGAGACCUAUCAAGCCAAGAUAGCAGUGGGCCCCGGACACGGUAUCUACGAGGCGUCUAUGACUUAUCUAGUUGACGAGGAUAAAUUCAUUAUACACGCGAGGGGCAUCUCGAGGAUUAACGCGUACAGGAACGAGCCGGACUGCAUCAGCAACACGCAUCCGCAUUUAAACCCGUAUUGCUACUGCCGCUGACGUCCGCCCAUAAGACGGGAGAUACAUACUUAAAUAAAUAAAUAAAUAUAAAUAAAUAAAUAUUAUAAGACAUUAUUAUACAAAUUGACUAAGUCCCACAGUAAGCUCAAUAAGGCUUGUGUUGAGGGUAAUUAGACAACGAUAUAUAUAAUAUAUAAAUACUUAAAUACAUAGAAAACACCCAUGACUCAGGAACAAAUAUCCAUGCUCAUCACACAAAUACAUGCCCUUACCAGGAUUUGAACCCGGGACCAUCGGCUUCGUAGGCAGGGUCACUACCCACUAGGCCAAACCGGUCGUCAAUACUUGGUGUUUAUAAACGCAAAAAAAUACACAAUCACAUAUUAUUCCUGAAUUUAAACGCUCAAAGUCGCGAAUCCAACAUUGCUCUGUAUGCGACGUUCAUAAGCGCAUUGUAAUGUGCCUACUUGAAACAUAAACUUUGUAGGUAUAAAGAUAAUCUUUAUCUUAGUGUAUUCACCUGACAACUGUCAUUGGCCCCUUUAAAAGCAGAGCCGGCCCAGAGCUGCGGGAACACUUUUUUUAUUUUAUUUUUUUCCCUCUGGCUUUUACUCCCUGCCAAUUUGCACAGGGUGAAUUCGCCAAUGUCGGUGUUAACUUUCAGACGAGAGGAGAAUGUUCGGUAAUAUUUUGAGCUUGUGGAAGGAUGUGAACACUUGCCAGUAGCUCUCCCGCAGUGACAGGUCUAUAUGGAAGUACCUAAUCCAUGGAGUUGUGUUGCCAACCUACUGGCUGAACUAGCUGAUAUGAUAUAAAACACAGUGUAGUCACCUGACAACUGCCAUUGGCCCCUUUAAAAGCAGAGCCGGCCCAGAGCUGCGGGAACACUUGUCGGUAGCUCUCCCACAGUGACGGGUCUAUGUGGAAGUGC